AUGUCCAAGAUAUUCACUGUUUUCGGCGCCACUGGCAACCAAGGCGGUUCUGUUAUCAGAGCUGUUCUCGCCGACCCAGUUCUAUCCAAGGAAUACAAGCUACGCGGAGUUACUCGCGAUGUGAACAAGCCCGCUGCACAGGCACUCAGUGCUAAAGGUGUCGAAAUGGUCAAGGCCGACAUGUCUUCGCCUGAAGCUGCUGCUCCCGCUGUCCAAGGCGCACACUCCGUCUUCAUGGUCACCAACUUCUGGGAAACCAUGUCGGACAAGAUUGAAAUCUCUCAAGGCAAAGCCGUCACGGAUGCCUCCAAAGCCGCUGGCGUCAAACACCUCAUCUUCUCGUCGCUCAUCAAUGUCACGGAGGCGAGCAACGGCAAGCUCAGCCACGUCACUCACUUUGACGGCAAGGCCAAGAUUGAGCAGUACAUUCGCAGCAGUGGCAUCCACUCUACCUUUGUGCAGCCCGGUGUCUUCAUGAGCGGCUUCUUUAGCUUCUUCCGAAAGCAGGACGACGGCAGCUGGGCUUGGGCCAUGCCCGAGGGUGUCAAGGUUGAUGAAGCCAAGAUUCCGCUAUUCGACGCUGCUGUUGAUACUGGAAUUUUUGUCAAGGCAGCUCUCAGAAAUACCACCGACGGGAAAAUAAUCCGCGCCGCCUCGGAUUAUUACACGCCUUCCCGCAUUCUUUCUGAGUUUGAGCAAGUCACCGGCAAGAAGGUUGCCUACCGCGAGGUGCCCCAUGAGAUGUACAAGUCGUUCCUCCCGGCUCCCGCGGCAGAGGAGCUGAUGGAGAAUAUGCUCCUGCUCCAGGAGCCGGGAUAUUAUGCUGGUGCUGAUCUCAAGGACAGUCUUGAGCUGUUGGGACAGGAUAAGCCGACUUCGUGGAAAGCAUUUGUCGAGGAGAACAAGGAGAAGUGGGAUUGA